AUGGCCAUCCACGGUGCGGUUCCUCCGCCAGAGGAACACAUCAACGUUCCUGUUCAUUUGCAGCCGCCGUCCACGCCGGUGAAAGAUGGCGCCAUCGACAUUGAUGCGUGGACCAUGUCGGCACUGCAAUCUCUGAGCAUGUCCCCGGUUGCGCGGGGGACCGGCACUCCCUUGUCUAUCCCGCUGGACAGUGAAGCGAGCCCAAAGACACGGACGCGUGCCGUUGCAUUCAACGCGUCCGGGGGUGAGGAUGCCCUUCCGCGUCGGCCGCCCUCGAGGCGGGAUAGCAUGAGGCGCCGAGAUGACCUGCUCAAGGGCAAGGAGGGGAGCCGCCAGCGCAGGCGAUGGGAAAAUGACCGACUUGUUGGUGUUCCCAACGUCCAGCCGCCGGCGGCAGCAGACUGGGAGGUUCGGCCGACACAUCCCGUUCAGCGGGUGCCGUAUCAAGUGGCGCAGUUCUGGGACCGCGGCGUGCGUCAAAGGGUUGAGGAGAAGUCGGCCGAGCUCCGGGCCGUGCGCAAGCAGAAGCAGCUCAAGGCUGGAAGUGCUACCGGCUUAGGCGCCGGCGAGGUUCCCCGGGACCUUCGGGGGAUGGCGAAACGCACCCCGGCCAUCCGGAGUUGGGUGCAUGCCAUAGAGGAUCCUGUCCGGCGGUUCCUCUUUGAGGAGCAGGACCGACGCGCCGAGUCUGCACGACAGCAGCGUGGCGGAGAUGACAUGCCGGACGAAUCUGAACUAGACUCGGACGAUGAGGAGAUUGUAUUCGUGGGCAGAGACAGUGCAAUGCGAGAGCUGUGCGAGAAGAAGGAGGCUCGAGAUCGGAGGGCUAAAAGGGCGGUCUGCCAGGAGGCAGGUCGUGCCGGAGUUGUGUUCGACUCCUUUGGUGAGGGAGACAGUGCCGUUUUUAAGCGCUGGCUGGCUCACUCCAUAUCCGAUUACUACGGCCUUGCGUCGACGUCUGUGACCCAGCACAACACAUCAUGCCGCGUCGUACACAUUGGUCUGAAGCGAAUCCACAAACUCGACGGGUCGUGGCUGAAGAAACUGCCCCGUCCCUUGUGGGAGUUGUGUUGA